UUCCAAACCAGUCCCAUUUGAACCAUCCACCGGGUUGGAUCGUUGCUGUCGGUCGCCGUUGCCGUGCAUUUGUCGGCGUGUGUUUUCUCUAAGUUUUGUUUUAGUUUAGCCUUGUAGUGCUGCUCGUUUACGGACUAAAUGUGCAAGGGAUGCACUAUUGGAGUGGUAGUCAGUGAUUUUCCCAAUUGGACAAGGUGAGCAGAAGUGUCAAGCUAAUUUUGUAAUUCAAAGGAUUUCGUUAUUCAAUUAGAAUGUGAAAAGAUUUCUAUCGACUGCUGGAAUGUACAAACAAAAGGCAUUAUUUGUAUUAAUUCAAGAAUGAGUCAAAUCAAACAAUAUAGUGAGACUCCGAUCGGGUGCUUCUUCUGUUUGGUUAGCUCAGCACUCUGCAUCGAUGGCAGUUCAACGGUUCGAGACUUUGUGUAGCACACUGUGCAGAUUGAUAACAGUAUUGUCGACCUGUGUGUUUGAAGUUUUUCAACAUUGCUAAUUAUAUGCAAAUUUCGCCGAUAAUUAAUAUCAUUAUAUUGUGAUUGUGGCAAUCGUGAUAAAAUCACCUCUGUUAAAGUGUAUGCAAUUCAGAUAGCGGUGUAAUUGAACGUAAAGCGUCUCUUGAAGAAAUGAUAAUUGAUACAACCACGAAUAGUGAAUUCCUCGUGUAAAAGCAAAGCAACAAAACGCAAGCGGGAAACACUCAUAUGUAAACCAGCGAGUCAUUGGUAGUGAUUUUUUUGUUUUGUGUGAGAAAAAGAAAGAAGAUAUAAUUAUCUCCAAAAAUUGGAAGAAAUCGAUCCAUUUGCAGUGUGUGAGUGUUCAUUGAUAAUUAUUAACCGUAAGUUCGAAUGGUUCAUACGAUGAGUGAAGCCCAAUGUCUGACGGUAGCCGCAGUGGAAGUGAAAGAAGAAAAUCCUGAUGUAGGAAAUUAUCAGUGAACGCAAAUCCGAUGGAAGUGACUGUCUGAAUAUUUUAAUAUAUUCACCCAUGCAAAUACUCAGGUGAAAUCAGUUUUGGAUUAUUAUUUUUGUGGUUGGAUUAUUUCCGGGCCCCUCCCUAUCUGUAAAGUGAGAAGAACUCAGGCGACAACAAGGUUUAGCGCACUAUAGAUGAUCAGAAGAAAGUUUACACAGGCAACAUCUAAGGAAGCAACGAGGUUGGAUGCAUCAUUUGCACGCGAUUAAUGUUUGCUUGAGUCUACCGCCUCGACGAUGGUCUAUUUAGGCUGUGCCGGAUGGAACGUAACCGUAGCUGGAAUCUAAUCCAACGAGCAUGAAUUUUGUUCAACUCCACACAUAUCAGCGACAGCCACGAUUGUACGAUUCUACCAGAUCGAGCUGAAAUUCCAGAACGCAACAGCUCGGCUCAAACCCAGCAAAAGUAGCAGUCUUCCAACGAUGAGGUGGUUCAAACGAUCCACCGAAUCACCGAAAUUACUCAGUCUCUCGCCAUUGCGACAUUCCGAGCUGGAGAAUGCCUACGAUAGUCAGGAGCAGCAGCAGCACGAACAAUCCGCCCACGAGAAUGGUGAUGAACAGGCAAGGGUCGAACCGGUCGCACCUGGAACGCUGCUGUCGGAUCUUUUCGCUGCCUCGUCCGGUUGCUCAUCCACCUCGUCCGGUUCGGCGUCCUACACCACAACCAGCUGUAGCUCACCGUCGACCACUUCGUCACCCUCUACCUCAGCUACCUUCUCCUAUACCAGUGAUAGCAGUAGCCUAAGUAACCAGGGCACCAGAAAUCACCCCAAGAUGGCCAACGGCGGAACAAGCAACGGAGUCACGCCACGAAAAUCGAGGAUAGAUUUAUCACCGGUCAACUGGGCCAAGAAGUCGUCCAUCAAUUGCUACAACAUCGAGGAGGGACGAGUAGUGGACAGACCUAGAGGUCGUUACAUAUCACCGAUUCGGAUUAAAAACAAGCAACAGGCACUAGCCCAACAGACUGGUGCGAGUACACCUGUCUCGAGACGCAUUUUACAGCGUGAUAAGGGGUCCCUAGACUCAAGUUCACCUGGUGACGGGAAUUUAAUAAGAAAUUUGAGUAAAUCGAUCGGAAACAUUAGUGCUUCGAUAGUGGACAAAAGUCCGUCGUUAAGUCAGCGGUCAAUAGUUUAUCGAGAAAAGGAGAAAAAGAAUCCUCUUGGCAGUACGCGGCUAUCUUGCUAUCAAACGAUAAAUUUCGAUUCUAGUGAAACCGUGAACAAGGGCCAAUUGUAUAAAUCCGUAGACGAUUUAAUAUUUAUCAAAGGGGCCAGGGAUGAUUGUGAAAGAGACUUUUCCGGCGAUAGUGCACUGAACAAAGAACGAACUGAGACGGAAAGCAUCAACCACAGCACAUCUACAUCGACCAUCCCCGCUUCUGUCGGUCAAUUAAACCAAAGUCUUAUCACUAGUAACGUUAGUAGUAAUAGUACCGGCAGUCGAACAACAACAGAGCAGCACUUAUCAGCAACCGCAACCGAUGAACCAAAGAACGACGGAUCCAACAUGGCUGACAACGUCGGUGAUCACGACGAAACGUACGGAUUUGCGCAAAUGCGAGAAACCGCUAUCGAGACCAUGUAUCGACUAAAGCUAAAUGCGUUGAAAGAUGAAGAAAAAGCUGCGCUCGAAGGUGUCAAUGGAUCAAGAACACCACAGAAAAAGAAGGAUAACUUUACCAACAAAAUCAAAGCGAUGUCCGAUCGUACCCAAAAGCUGUUCUCCAAAAUUUAUUUCAACUCUUCGUAUAAAACCAAUAGCACUGAUGAGAGCAACUUUCAGUCAGGUUCGAAAUCGUUGAAAAAAUCUCCCUCAAAAGCUGCAAACAACCGGCGGAGUAUAAGUUACGGUGCCCUUCCGGGCUUAACAGAUUUCCAGAAAAAUUUAGAAAAGACUCAGCUUAAACUGCAAAUCUCCAACCAACAGUCCGAGGACGAACUGAACGGGUCCACUGUAAUUCAUCUUGCUGCUCCAAACAAUCGCCUAGACGCUGAAGACUGUGAUUCGGGAAUUCUGGUCAAUGAGUCCGGUGCGUCAUCGAUUCUAGAAACGGAGGACGUGUUCUUACCAAACAUUCCGUCAAAGGUGUUAAAUAAUUGUACUGAAAAUUCCGAAUUCAAGCUAGUGACUAUUAAACUCGACGAUAGUAACGACGAGGCUAAUUUGGGAAUAAUUGUCAGCCAUAUGGGAAAUGGCGAAGGAGAAAUCAGCAAUCGGUACAAGGUAGCGCAUGUACUGCCGGGCGGUUUGGUGUAUACCGAGGGCACCAUUCAACCAAAUGACGAAAUCGUCAACAUUCUUGGUAAACGACUGCGCGGGUUGUCGAUGCGUCAGGUGCAGGACCUGCUGAACAGUUGCACCCGGCGUAGCAGUGGCCGAACAAGUAUCGAUCUUGUCAUCUGCAGAAAUAAGGCAAAUGAUAGUGAUCUGCUAGGAGAGGAGUUGGACCAGCAGCAACCGGUGAACCGACGGUUGUUCAGGGACAAUCGAAUGAUUUCACUUGACUCCUAUCUGGAUGCGGGGAAACAUCAGCAGAACUACAGCAGCGACGAGCCACAGCAUAGCGAUGCGAGCUCCGAUCAAGACAGUUACGCUUCGAUUGCUAUCAAAAUUGACGGCAGCAAGUACAACACGCUGGGUACACCGCGCCGCCAAAAGACACUCGCGGUGGCAAGUAAACGACACGAAUCUCCAACCCCUUGUGAUAUGCCCAGCAUCGAUGUCGAUUCCCAGCCGCCGUCGCUGGACGGCUGCAUCAAGCGGCGCUCGUUUACCAAAAAUAAUGCCAACAGUUCGAAGCUGAUAAGACGAUCGCUGGUGGGCAAACAGUCGCCCGUAUACAACGUGGACCAAGUCACCAAAAGCACGAUGAACUUGUGCGACGAUGAGAAGCUAGAGCUCAGUGGAGCUUCCGACGAUGCAGAAACGAGCAGCGGAACGGGCUCUCUGGAGAUGGACAAAAGCAUGGCCAAUUUUUGUACCCUGCCUAGGCGACCGAAGAGUUCGCUCUGCUCAUUUCUAACGGUCACCUUCGAGAAGGGACCGGGGAAAAAAUCGCUGGGAUUUACGAUUGUUGGCGGUAGAGAUAGUCCGCGGGGGGCGUUGGGUAUUUUUAUCAAAAGCAUUUUACCGACCGGACAGGCGGCCGAAGAUGGUCGCCUGAAAGCGGGAGAUGAAGUUCUUGCAGUUAACGGGCAGGUUUGCCAUGAUCUGACGCAUCUGGAAGCGGUAAAAAUGUUCAAGAGCAUUAAAUCAGGCGAAAUAGUUCUGCAAUUGUGUAGGAGAAGUAAGAUUAAUAAAGAGGAUCGGGAUGGUAUAGUAAAAGGUUAGGGUCUGCUCAGUACGUUUUCAUGAAUCCUUGUUUUAAAAGGCUGUGUAGAGAGUUUUGAUGUGAAAAUAUUUCUGUGCAAUUUGUUUCAAAAGAACACAUAUAAUACAAUUUGAGAGCGAACUACUUUUUCAAGAGACUUAUUAGAUUAGUGAAAAAAUAUUUCAGAAAUGUAAAAAGUUAUACUACUAAGAUUCAAAGAUGUACACCCUUUAUGUCAAGUCUGCUGUUGUUAACCUUGAAACAAGCAUUUUUGGAGUCUAUAUGUAAAACAUUAGGAAACAUCUGAGAAUGAAACAAUAUACAAUAUACAAUAUAAUGACGAA